AUGAAGGUAUCAGUUCGCCUUUUGAAGUCGCUUCCAAAAGCUGAAAGGUUUGUGCCCAAGCUGGGCAUAUACCCAAAAGGUUUUGUCGUUGGAGGUAUUCAUACUGGUGUCAAGAAAGACACUCAUGCGCUUGAUUUGGCUAUGAUUCAUAAUGUAUCGGGUAACGAUGGAAUUGCCUCAGCAGUGUUUACCACAAAUAGGUUUAAGGCCGCCCCGGUACAAGUAUCGUCCAAAAUAAUCAAGCAAAAAAAUGGCCAUGUGAACUCGCUAGUUAUAAAUUCAGGUAACGCAAACGCAGUGACCGGCACUCAAGGUCUUCAAGACGCUCAUAACAUGAUCAAAGUUACAGACGCAGUGUUGGAGAAUGAGGAAGACUCCUCCCUAGUGAUGUCUACCGGUGUCAUUGGUCAAAAAUUGCCGAUCGACAACAUCUUGCAAGGGAUUCCCAAAUUGGCACUCAGCAAUUUGGGAUCUAGUCACGAACAUUGGCUUGCAUGUGCACAAGCCAUUUGCACAACGGAUACCUUUCCAAAACUUGUAAGUAAGCAGUUCGACUUGAAUGGCACGACAUAUACGCUUGCUGGUCUAGCCAAAGGUGCGGGAAUGAUAUGUCCAAACAUGGCAACCCUUCUUGGCUUCUUCGCCACUGACGCUCCCGUGACUUCGAAUGCUUUGAAUCAAAUUUUAAAGUAUGCUGUCGAUCGCUCUUUCAACUCCAUAUCGGUUGAUGGUGAUAUGUCGACAAAUGAUACAAUUGUCGCGAUAGCCAACGGAGCAGCGGGUGGGAAAGUAAUUGAUGCAUCGGCUGAGAGCGCCGAAGAAUUCUCGGUUCUUCGUACAGAGAUCACAGGCUUCGCUCAGCAACUUGCUCAAUUGGUUGUUCGUGAUGGCGAGGGAGCCACGAAGUUCAUCACUAUCAAAGUCACCGACGCUACAUCUUACCGCGAGGCCAAAGAAAUCUCCUCCUCCAUUGCAAACUCAUCUCUCUUCAAGACUGCGAUGUAUGGUAAUGAUGCUAAUUGGGGUAGAAUCUUAUGUGCAAUUGGAUAUGCCAAAGUGAACGCUAAUGCCGUUAACCCAUCUCGUACAUCAGUCCUGCUAGUUCCAGCUGAUGGUAAUGAGCCCUUACCCUUGUUGGUAAAUGGAGAGCCCGAAGAUGUGGACGAAGAACGAGCUCUUCAGAUUUUACAAAAUGAAGAGAUAGGUAUACAUGUAUCAUUGGGAACAGGUGGAGGCCAGGAGGCGACAUACUGGACUUGUGAUCUCACGCACGACUAUGUCACAAUUAAUGCAGAUUAUCGUUCAUAG